GGAAAACAUAUUUCUUUUUCCUAAUAUUAAUAAAUGUCAAACGUUGCAAUAGGGGCUACUAACUUUGCCGAUGAUGGUAAAGAUGUCAUUCAACGAACUAUUGAAACAAAAAGUGAAAAGCAUGAUCAGAUAAAUGAAUUAUAUGAGAUUGAUCGUACAGUUCAACACAUUAUAAAAGGUGGCUUCAAACGUAUUGCUCUUCAAUUUCCUGAUGAAUAUUUAGCUGAUGCAGCUGCUGUUGCUGAAAUCCUACGCAAUCAUACUAAUCAGCAGAUAUUUGUCUUGGCAGAUACAUCCUAUGGUAGCUGUUGUGUAGAUGAAGUGGCUGCUGAACAUGUCAAUGCUGAUUUGAUUGUUCAUUAUGGACGAUCAUGUUUAAGUCCUACUUCUCGUUUACCAGUUUUAUAUGUAUUCGGUCAACAACCACUAGAUAUUCAACAUAUUCAGACAGAAUUCGAAGGAUUGUUUCCUGAUAGAUCACAAUCUAUUAUUAUGAUGUGCGAUGUUGAAUAUUCUUACGCAAUGAAAGAUUUAGUUGAGAAAUUAUCAACAAACUACAAAAACCUUAUUCCGACUAUUAUUCAGACUGAAUCUAAAUUACAACAUACAUUGAAUGAUGAGUCAUCAAAUAAGCCAUCCCAUCAUGACUCCAGUAAUAGCACUAAUAAUAAUUGUUGUGGAAAAUGCAACAAAAAUUUUGAGGAUGAAUUUGAUGGGGAUGAGGAUGAGGAUGAUCAUUAUGAUUCCUUUUUAGAUCCUGCUAAACCUGCUGAUAUAGAAGAGUUGAAAGCAGAAAAGAAAAGGGGUGGUCGUUAUUUCGAAUUACCUAAAGAUGUUCCUCUUGAAUCAUGCUCUAUUUUUUUUGUGGGUGCAGAAAGUCUAACAUUAACCAAUAUUCUAAUGGUCUAUAAUAAAUGCCCACUUUACACUUAUAAUCCUAAAUCAAAAGAAACAAGAAAGGAAACAGUGGCUGUUAAUCGUAUGUUGAUGAAGCGUUAUUUCCUUGUACAGAAAGCUAAGGACGCCAACACAAUUGGUAUUGUCGUAGGCACAUUAGGCGUCGCUUCUUAUUUAAAUAUCAUUGAUCAUUUAAAGCGAAUUAUAAAGGCAUCAGGUCGAAAGGCUUAUUUCUUUGUGAUGGGCAAAUUAAAUAUAGCUAAAAUGGCUAAUUUUAUGGAAGUAGAUUGUUAUGUAUUAGUAUCCUGUCCUGAAAACAGUUUAAUUGAUUCUAAGGAAUUCUAUCGACCUAUCGUUACGCCUUUUGAAUUAGAACUCGCUCUAGUGAAGGGAAUGGAAUGGACAGGGAAUUAUAUCACAGACUUUUCAAAACUUUUACCUCAAUUACGUACAGAUAACUUUACUUAUGAUGAUGAAGAAACAGAAAACGACGAUGCUGAAGAUGUUUCAAGUGAUGAAGAGCGUCACUUUUCUUUAGUUACUGGACAAUAUGUUUCAGGACCAUUUAAUAGUAAAGUUCACAAGAAAGGGGAUGGUGAAAUCAUUACAAGUAAAUUAACAGAUUUAACACUAAGAAGUAAAGAGACCGACAUAUCUGUACUCCUAAAUAGUACAGCAGGUGAAUAUCUGAAGAAUAGAACAUUUAGAGGUUUAGAAGCUAAUAUUGGACAAGAUGAAGCAGCUGAAGUGCAGGAAGGCCUUUCAGGCAUUGCAAGAGGUUAUGCAAAAGAAAAACAAAACUUAUAAACAAACAAACAAAAAAAAAAGUUUAUUUUCGAUAAUAAUAAAAGCUUAUGUUGUUUUUGAUUUCUUUGUUA